GCGAGGAGCGAGCAGCAGCGAGCAGGCACGGCACGGACGACGAGGAGUCUGUGUCUUCGUAUACGUGCCUGCGUAUAGAACGUGCGGAGAGGCUGCCCCUGUGUCGUCAUGUCCUGGCGUAGCCACCGCGUAGUCGCCGUGAUAUCGAGGCAGCCUAGCUACGAGGCGGCGCAGGUCGAUUCUCGUUUCGCGUGAUCCGCUUCUCUCUCUCUCUCUCUCUCCCUCGUCCGUCAGUCAGACCACGGCCGUUUCGUCGAUGCCUUUGUUCGCCGCGGCCGGGAAGAGGUGGACGGGCGCGGAUUGUCGUCGCGACGAGGCGAAGACGAGGACGAGGGCGAAGAGGUGCCUCGUGCCCUCAGCCUAGCUGACAGCCCCCCAGUGGAAGUGUGAAGUGUACUCGCGAGAGAAGGUGCGAUAAUCUUGCUCCUCCGUCUACCUGUCUUUCUCUCUCGCUCUCUCUCUCUCCGUUCCUCUACUCCUGUCUCUUUCUCUCUCGCUCUCCUCUCUACUGCUCACUGUCUCUCUUUGAGUGAAACGGCGCUCCACACCCCGGCGCGGUCCUGGACACGUCUAGGAGGUGGUGGCGACGUCGUAGAAGGAGGCGCAGAGGAGCCGACGGUGACGACGACGGCGAGAUGCGCGAGUUCAAGGUGGUGGUUCUCGGCUCGGGCGGGGUGGGCAAGAGCGCGCUCACCGUCCAAUUCGUAUCCGGUUGCUUCAUGGAGAAGUACGACCCGACGAUCGAGGAUUUCUACCGCAAGGAGAUCGAGGUGGACAACUCGCCGUGCGUGCUCGAGAUCCUCGACACCGCCGGCACCGAGCAGUUCGCGUCGAUGCGCGAUCUCUACAUCAAGAACGGCCAGGGCUUCGUCGUGGUGUACAGCCUGACGAAUCACCAAACCUUCCAGGACAUCAAGGCGAUGAAGGAGCUCAUCACGCGCGUCAAGGGUACGGAACGUGUGCCGGUGCUGCUCGUGGCGAACAAGCUCGAUCUGGAGCAUCAGCGGGAGGUCGGCACCGAGGAGGGCCACCAGCUCGCGCAACUCUGGGGCUGUCCCUUCGUCGAGGCGAGCGCCAAGAACCGCACCAACGUCAACGAGAUGUUCGCCGAGAUUGUGCGCGAGAUGAACUUCAGUCCUGAGAAGGAGAAGAAGACCUACUGCUGUUGCAGCGUCCUCUAAUACUUAAUCAAAAUCCACGUUCGCCCGGAUUACCUAUCCGCGGACCGGACUAAGGUGAUGGAGGUAUACAGUGUGUACAGUGCUUCGGGGAAAGGACUCGCCGAUAUUAAUACGUCGGCGUGUUUCUUCGCCGUCCUGCUAGGAGGAUUCUUUUCAUGGCUCUUACUCGGCCUGCUGAGGAACGUGCUAAGGGAAGAUACAGUGUACAGUGGCUUUCGGGCAGAGCUCUCGUCAGCGUGUCGUUUCGUCGUCCUGGAAGAUCUCCCCUCGAGGAACCGUCUUUUGGAAGUCCUUUCGAUCUUGGGAUGCGCCGUGCAUCUGUCAAGGCUAACUUAUAUCGCUAUUCGGACGCUGCACGAAUUUUCCAAAAUGGGAACUAUAGUUCUCCUCUUUUUUAACUCUCGGAAGACCGUCCAGCGAGCGACGGCCGUUAAACACAUAUUUUAUUAUACGCGGAUAGUAUUAUGUAUGUAAUAUUAUUGUAAUAUAUAUACAUAUAUAUAUAUAAAUAAUAUAGAUAGGCUUUAAGAGCGAGCAAAAGGUAGCUUUUCCUCGGCAAAAGGACCAAUACUCCGCUCGCGAAGAAAGGAGAAGGUGUUUGUAAAACCGUAAAACCAAACUCGAUAUCGGCUUUCUGCUCAAUUUCAGACAGAACCGUCGCACGUAAGUUCGCAUUCUCGUCCACAAAUCGAGACUAGGUGCUGCGCAGGAAAGAAAAAGAGGUGUUCGCAGACUUUGAAGGAAUCACUGUGAUGGUCGUUCUAGCAUGGUGAUAGAUUCAGGCGAUAAAGAGCUAAACUAAAUGUUUUAAAUGAGUGAGGUUUAAUCCCGUACGUCGCAUAAUUUGUAUGCAGUCGUGUGCACGAAGGCUACGCAAAUCAAAUCCAUCUGAUUCGAUGAAGGUGGUUAGGUUUUGAGGGUAUUCUUCUCUGUGCAAUUGUUCUGUGUUAAUUUAAGCUAAGGAGGCUGAUUAGCGAGAUAUUGUCUAAACAUUUUUGUACGAGACACGUUAGGGACAUUUAUAACGCAGGAUGCUUCACUUGAUUUGAUCAUUUGAAAUGUCUUUGUUGUUUUUUAAGAAUAUAGAAAAAUGUUUCAAAAACAGGAUAUUCAAUUUGGGGUUCAUUUUAUAAUAAUAAUUGUCCCCUCGAAUCGAGCGAUCUGUUUCUGAAACACACCUCGAUAUGUUUCGAGAUAUUUCAAAUGGUCAAGCCAUCCUGCAUGCCGGUUGUACAGUCUUAACAUGAAACUAUUUUACUGUGCGUAAAGGGAAGGGCACUGAGAAUGAAGUUUUGUACGCGACACCUCAAGUGGUUAAACGGAUAACCCAGCUGUUGUGAGAUUUCUUGUGAUCCAUUGUGUAGCAAAUACUAAUGUCUUACAUUCGUUUCGCUUUAAUGUCUGUUCCAAGAUGUUUGAUACAGCGCAAUACAGCGUAUUUGCAAAUUCCGAUGCGCAAGAAGAAGUGAGCAAACUCAAUAUCGCGAUGAUUACAAAAUCGGAUUUUAAUAAACUUAAGGGCCGAAGCUAAAAAGACUUGCCUCUAGUUUGUUGAAAUCUAACAUUGCAGAUAAUACUAUACUGUUCGAUGAAACGGAGAAAAUUAGGAGAAACGUUUUCGUAAAGAGCUAGCUAACGUAAUAAUGUCAAUCUAAACUCGUAAUUUGUAAGCUUUGUACGGUAAAAAAAAAAUUUGUCUACAUAGGCCGCAAGACUGCACAUUCGAUCACCAUGGGAUUGAUGACGGUUUUUUUUUUCUUAACGAGUGAUCUUAUAUACACCAAUGACAGAGCACAAUAGUAGAAUUAGAGAUCUCCGGAGAGUGCGCCGGUUUCGCAUUGAUCCCUUCAACUGCAAGAAUCACGUAUGUGCUAUUAUUCAUCGCUCACAAGCGACGACACCGAUGUGAAAAGUAUCGUAAUAGCAAGACUGCAACUUUUUUUCAAAGAUAUUUUUUUUAUCCUUGAGGCCUCGUGAGAAGUCACAGGAUUCGAAUGAAACUUCGCUAAGAAUUUUUCGCAAUAUCCCGUAAAAAAAAAAAAUGUUUGAAAGGAAAUAACUGAAUAUUCAAAAAUGCAGUUACAAUACUUUUCGUUGUUGGCAAUGCUUCCGAAGAGAAGAAAUCCGUAGAAUCUCGCAGUCCGAAAAACUGUCAUUUCCGAAUGUAAAAAGAAAAUCGAUGGAUGUAAAAGGAGCUAGAGAGCUACGGUUUCUCUUUCUCCUAAGAUCGAUCAAUUUUAAAAUUGUGAAAAAAAUUACACAUCUAUUUUAGAAAUGUAGAAUUACUGUUUAUUGAAAUCGUGGAGAAAUUCUAAAGAUAUAUGAUAUGUAUCUUUAUAGAGCAUAUUUUAUAGAUUAUUUCACAAUUAUUUUUCGUUACAUACUUAGACAUAAGUAUGCUGUUUAUUUCCACUCUUUAUGUUGCGCGAUUUCGAUAGACAGUGAUAUAUUGCUUGUACAUUUUCGAUAAUGUAUAAGUUCUAGAAAUUUCUUCCACAUCUGAAGUUCGUUUAUAUAACAAAAGUUUCAACUUUGAUUAUAAUAAAUGAUCUUUUAAGCUUUCGGUUAAUUUCGUGAAUAAUCGUAGAGCAAUAAAAAUAAUGUGUAAUUUUUCUCGUGUGAACAAAAUUCGAUGUUGAAUACCACUUCUCGACGAGCGUAGCGUAACAACGUCAAUGUUAUACAUUAUUGCGGGAAUUAAAAGUUAAAAAAAAAGAAAUAAAAAAAAGAUGAGAAUGAACUGAUGUACAGUAUUUCUACGAUUGGUAGUUAGCUCGUUCUUAGGUAUUGGGGAAAAGAUAAUCGUUCAUAUACUUCGAAUGCGCGUGUAAUUUUUAAAUAACGCAAAGAAAUCCUUUCGGUGCAUUUUUUUCGAACGGUGCUCUCUGUAGUUUAUUCCGGGCCCUGGUGAAGUUAGAGGGGGAGGAAAAAAAAAUAAA